AUGCAGUGGCGUCAGGGGAAUCUUAGACUAGCCCCAGGCUCUGUUGUGAUACGCUGGGUUUCUCUUCAAACUGUUGGAAGGAUAAGCUCCGACAGCUCCAAUAAUGAUCUUGUGACGAUGAAGCAUUCUUCCACCAUACAUUGUUUUGGAUGCGGUAAUUCCCAUGGCUGGACUGAUAAGCAUCCAUCCAACCUCCAACUCCCAAGGGUGCCUUGCUACGUAAUUGAGGCACGAGCACAACACGCACAAGCACGAAGCACAUCAGCAACUUGGGUAGCUCUUGGUUACCCUAACAACUUGCGCAGCAGUUACCGCCUUGAAACCCUAUUCAAAGAUCCCGUCUAUCCCAUCCAUCCCAUCCAUCCCUUCGUCUUUCAUCUUUCAUCUUUCUUCUUGCCAUCUCCCAUCUCUUUAUUCUUCAUCAUAACAUCCAUCUCUUUUGGAAAUCAUCAUAUGAAAUAG